UUUAUAAUAAUUAUAGUUUUCGGCGUCAUCUAUCUCAUAAUAAGAGUCUGUGCAGUAAUGUGUUGUGGUCCAGUUAAAGAAAAUAACAGUAAUGAGCGCGGUGUGCGUAGACGUGUAAUACGACGUAUACGUAUCGAGCCGGCGAAUGCUGCUGAAAACGGAGGCAGCACAACGACAACAAAUACAAUAACUGAAGCUAGUGCUAGCACAGCAACGGAAGAUCGCCAAGGCAACAUUUUCACAAUCGCAAAUGAGAGCGCCAACAACCCGUUACCGCAUCGUUUUUCAGAUUUCUUCUAUGUUGAACCGAGCGCCGAAGAUGCAGCCCGCAUUCGCGCACAACUGGAGAAGGAUGAAAAGGAUUUACCCACCUACGAAGAGGUGAUGGCUAUGAGUGCCGCUCAGACGGCGGCCGGCACUUUAUCGCCACCGCCUACAACCUCGACAACCUCCGUUGCCACAACGGAUACGACAGUGCCGCCAUACUCAGAAGUCGAUCGGAACGGGACUCGGGCAGCUCCACUAAACUUGGAAAUGGGUGCAACUGCGAGACCAACAGGAAACGUAACAGCACCAGCUGCGGAAGCAGUAGCAGCGUCAACGUCCCGUGCUGCCGCCGCCGCCGCCACAAGUACAGCGACUACAGCAACUGUCGUCACCAUUGCCAAUUCGGUGUCAAAUACGAGCGUGUGAUCCACCCACUUGCAUUCAACAGUCAGUAGUAUCUGUCUGCAUAAGGAUGGCGUGGUGUACGAGCAAUAUAGUGCCUUCUGAACUUACAAAUCCAACCUGCUAAGCAUUACAUAAACAUAUAUAAAUAUUUGUAGGCUUGGCUUGAUAGUCAAUAUUGCCAUGUGCUAGUGAUUUCAUUAAGAGUACGCAUUUAAAUGUCCUUUCAUAUGUAUAUAGACACAUUCCGACAUUUUAGAGACUGUUAUGUUUUUACCAGUGCAUCCACAGGAAUGUCCUGUACCUAUUUAUAUAGUUUCCAUUUUGUGUAAAUUUACCCUUUAUUUUAUAAGAAAACUUAUUAAAAAAGUGUGAGUAAUUAAAAUAGCUUUACAACAGGCGCCGUAAUUUAUAGAGAGCCGGUUAUUUAUAGAGAGUACAAAUACGGGUACUCUUCCACAUUUAAAUCGAGCACAGGUGAUCUUUUAUUGUAAAUGAACGAGUAUUCAUAAUGAUAGAUAAUAUAAAAUUGUAGCAUAAGUUGUUGUAAAUCGAAAGCUUUAAAAAUAUAUACCUUUAUAAAAAAACUGAAA